CGUUUCGCCAGGGCGGUGGGCAGCAGCAGGGAGCUCCUUCGCAGGGUCAAGGAUGAAGUGGGAGCCCCAGGCAUAGUUGUCGGUGUGGCCGUCGACGGGAAGGAAGUGUGGUCAGAAGGGCUGGGCUACGCUGACCUGGAGAACGGGGUCCUUUGCAAGCCGAAGACCGUCCUGCGGAUCGCCAGCAUCAGCAAGCCCCUUACGAUGGUCGCCGCUGCAAAGCUGUGGGAGGAGGGCAAGCUGGACUUAGAUGCGCCCGUGCAGAAAUACGUCCCGGAGUUUCCUGAAAAGGAGUAUGAAGGGACCAAGGUCACCAUCACCACGAGACUGCUCGCCUCCCAUUUGAGUGGAAUCCGUCACUACGAGAAAAACAUGGCCAAGGUGAAGGAGGAGAAAGAAAAAUUCAACAGGGCUUUGAAAGUGGAGAAGGGCGCCGUCGACCUCGAUCCGGGAGAGAGAGACUCGGAAGCGAGUGUGAAACCCAAGCUGGAACGCGAAGGCAAAAACUCGAAAGGGGGAAGGAGGAAGAGGGAGUUUGAGAACGAAGAGUACUACCUGAAGGAGAAAUACGAUAACGUGAUCGAGUCGCUGAAUAUUUUCAAAAACGACCCUUUAUUCUUUAAGCCAGGGAGCCAGUAUCUGUACUCCACUCACGGCUUCACUCUUCUGAGCGCCGUCGUGGAGAGAGCCUCUGGUCAUAAAUUCACCGAGUACAUGCUGAAAAUAUUUCACGACCUGGAUAUGUCGUCCACCGUCAUGGAUGACAAUGAGCCGCUGAUCUACAACAGAGCAAGGUAUUACACUCACAACAAGAAGGGUCAGUUGGUCAACACCCCCUAUGUGGACAACUCCUACAAGUGGGCCGGCGGUGGCUUCCUGUCGACCGUGGGCGACCUCCUCAAAUUCGGGAACGCCAUGUUGUAUGGCUAUCAGCUCGGGCAGCGGCAGGCCCUCGCCCCCGGGCUCCUUCCCGGUUACCUCCAGCCCGGCACCAUCGAGAUGCUGUGGACGGCAGUGCCAAAGACGGAGGCAUCCUGGAGCAAAGACGACCGGUACGGCAUGGCUUGGCAGGUGGUGGAGAAGAAGCCGGCCUACGGGUUCUGCCGGCAGCCGCGACACUACGCGUACCACUGCGGUGGAGCUGUGGGAGCAAGCAGCGUCCUGCUCAUCCUCCCCGAGGAAAGGGACUCCGGGGCGGCCGCGGGCAGGGGCACGCUGAUGCCGCCCAAGGGCGUGGUGGUGACUGUGAUCUGCAAUAUGCAGUCCAUUUCCCUGAGCAAAACUGCCUUAAAGAUUGCAAUGGAAUUUGAAAAGGACAAGUUAGGGCAGCGUGCCGAUAAGAACGGCUCCUUCUGCCAUUGAGCAAGGUUCCAAAAGGAGAGCGUAGAGUUAUGUCAAUGGCGAGCGCUCAUAGCGUGGAAAGGAUCCUUUUUUUUGCAGAACAGAAAGUCCCCCCCCCCCCCCAACUGGGCGGUGUUAGGAUUUGCCACUCAGGGAAGCUGCCGUACAAUCCUAGCACUGCCCAGUCAAAGAGGGAAAGUUUUCCAAGUGCAAACUGCCAAACCCGUUGCCGGCGAUUAGUGUUUUGCCGGAGGCCGACGGAGAUCCCUUUGCGGCCAUUUUUCCUGCUUUGCCACAACUCCUGCUGAGGUGUCUUAAUCCGGCGUCUUCCUUGGUCGCCGUUCAGGGGAAGUUUUACAUCCAUGGCCAGGCUCGCCCACGUUUCUCAGCAGAGGUUUCUGAAACUCAGAACUGUAUGGCAAACACUGACCCUUCUGCUGAAAGCAGAGGCCCUUUGGCGGGUGGGCGAGCAGCUGUCAGUUCAGUUCCCCAUCGUGGCAGAUUUCAGUUCUGGCCAGCCGGCUUUGCGUGUGCUGCCUUUUGUUA